AGAAGAACAAUGCCAAGCGCCGAAAUUUGAAAUGUUAUCGUAAACGGUAAUGAGCAAGUGACGGGAAAAGUGUACAGCAGUUUUGUAGACAGAAAAAAAACCUAGUUUGGGUUAAGGUUCUUCAAGAAAGGGCAGCAGAAGAGCAGCCUCAAUGGUGGUCGACGAAAAGAGAAAGUUGUCCCUGUUAACAUGGAUUAACAGCCUGAACAUCACCACACCCAUCGAAGACUUUUCUAAACUUCAAGAUGGCACUUUUUUUGUAAAGCUAAUCUCGAAAUUAAAAGGAGCUGAAAAUGAAGCAUGGAAAAUUUUGGAGCAGCCAGUUCAAGGAAGGCUAGAUUUUAUCUCAGACUUUUUAAAAAGUUAUUGUCGCUACAAUACAAAUAUGGGGGCCCUCAUUUCUUGGGAGAAUAUCAAAAAUGGAGAAAACCUUGAUGUGGAGCUAUCAAAGGUUGUGGUCCUUCUUUUGUAUCAUUCUCACAUGUGUGUCAUGCAUCAACAGGAGUUUGAAAAGCUGGACUACAGAGUACAGGCUGAGCUGGCCUCUAUUCUGAGAUUUGUUCUUGACAAUGAAGAAAGCCUUUAUUUGAAUGAUAAAUUGGAAUACUUCCUUAAAAGCAAAGUUAUGCUUCCAUUAACAAGCAAUUCUAGCAGUUCUACUGUAAGUGAGGAGGAGUCGCCUGUUUUUACCAGAAAACGCAAGGUGGAAGUUCACUUUGUUGACCUGCAUACUGUGGCUUCCUCCUCUGCUAGCUCUCCAAUACAGGAUGUCCUGAAAACUCCUCAGUUUCAGGUUCGAAAAUUGCAGACGCAACUGGCCUUUGAGAGAAAUAUGAGGGAUGAACUUGAACUGGAACUAGCUGCCAGCUCAAAAAUCAUUACCGAGAAGGAAACUCAACUGUCACUUCUGCAGCAGCGGAUCCAACGCCUUGUAAAGCAGCAUGACCAAAAUGAACCCAAGGAACUAGAAGAGUUAAGAGAGAAAAAUGAAAGUUUGCUGAAGCGUCUUCAAGACACCAUUAAACAAUGUCACGAUAUGAAAACUAGCAGGAGACAAAUGGAGAGGAAGAUUGAUCAGCUUACUGAGGAAAAUGGUGACCUUUCCUAUAAGGUACGUGAUCUUGUGGCCCGUCUUAAUGAAGCCCAGCAUGCAGUAGAUAAGCUAUCCAGAGAGCAAGAAGAUGCAAUGGGACAGUGGAAAUGCACACAGACACAACUUGAAAAUGACCUUUCUAAAGCUAUCUUGACCAAGGAGUGCUUAGAAGAAUCUAUUUUGAUCCUUCAAGGCAAGAUAGUUGUACUUGAAGAUCAACUAAAGAAAGGAGAUAUGGAAAUUCAGAAUAAAGGAGAAGUUAUGGGAGAUGUACUUGAGCUGGAAAACCUAAAACAAGAAGUCAGAGAUUUAAAAAAUCAGCUAAAUCAUCUACAAGAGGUCAUAACACAGUUGGAAGAAAACAAGAGAAAAAUGCUUGAAGAAAUUACUGUGGAAAGGGUUAGGUUUGAGGAAGAAAAAUCACAACUUUCCGAAGCACUGUCCAAGCUGGAGCAGGCUCACUCUGAAAUAUGCCUUGAGAAAAAGGCACUGGAACAAGCGUCAAAAGAACAAUAUGAGAUUUUUUUGGCCCAGAUAGAUAAUCUUAAUUCAGAAAUAUUCAAACUGAAUGAGCUUGCACAUCAAAGGGAGCUGGAGCUCCAGUGCAUCAAUGAAAAGGCAGAGCAGGAAAGGCUGAAAGCUUCUUGUCUGAAGGAAGAAAUGGAAAAGCGUGACCAGUGUGCUAAGGAGACCAUUAAUGGAUUAAGUCAAAAAGUGGACGAACUUGGCACUGCUUUGAAAAGAAAGGAGGAGGAAUUAAUCACCAGUACUCAACUCUGGGAGAUGGAGAAAGUGGAAGGAGCCAGGAGAGAAGAUGCUUUGCAGCAGAUGUCUACAAAUUCAGAGAAAGAGAGGAAUAUAACUUUGAUGGAAUACAAAGAAUUCCAAAAGUCAAAGAGGGAAGAAAUUGCUUUUCUCCAGAAUCAGAUUUUGGAAUUAGAAAAGAACUGCAGUGCUGAUAAAAGUCUUAUUGCUGAACUGGAAAAAGAAAAGCUAAAUUUACAGCAGAAGGUGUCAAAUUUAGAGGCUGCAGUGCAAGAGCUUACUGUUAAGUGCCAGAGUCUCCAAACUGAGGGUCAUAAUAUGAGGCAGAGCUAUGUGCAAGAGGUGGAAUCAUUAACUAUACGCUUGUAUGAGUCUGAAAACCUACUGAAGGAAAAUAAAGAAAAGCUUGCAUUACAUUUGGAGCUGUUGAAUGAAAACAAAAAGCUUCAUGAUCAGAUAAAUAAGUUAGAAUGUGCUACAGGAGCCAUGGGCAUUGAGCUGGAGACAGAAAGAAAGAAAUCUGAAGAGGUACAGCUAGCAAAUCUUGAAAAGGUCUCCACAAUGACUAGAGACUUUCAGCAGCUUGAAGCCAAGACGCAGGAAAUUUCUGCUGAGCUGGAGCUUGUUUAUCUAAAGCUUUCAAAAGAGAAAGAAGAAAAGAAAAGUGUUGAAUCAAAUUUUAAUGAACUUUUGGCAGAAAGCACAAAGAAAACAAAUGCUUUAAGUAGUGAGCUGAAAGAAGCACAGUGUUUUGUGUCUGAAAAAAAUGGUGAAAUUCAAAAGCUGGAAGUCAUUAUUGGAUCUCACGAAGAACAGCUUAAAGCAAGUCAGCAGUCAAAGCAGAGGGAGCUAUUGGAAAAGGAUGAGGAGAUUAAAAAAGUAGUAGAGAAGCUAGCCUCAGUCGAAAAAAACUUUGAAGAGAUUAAAAACUCGAAUGCUCAAGAAGAAACCAGCCUUAAAAGGAGUCUUGAGGAACAUCAGAUUAGGCUUGCUAGCAUCAGUCAGGAACUUACAAAUGCCCUUGUAGUGAUGAAACAAAAAGACCUGGAAGUGGAAAAUCUUAAAUCUAAACUCUUGUCGAAUUUUGAACAAUUGAGCAAUCAGCAGGAAAGCAACAAUCAGCUUCAGAAAGAAGUGGAUGAAAUAAAACUGCUUAGAGAAAGAUUGAGCCAACAAGAAAAUCAAAUGAAAACUUACAAAGAGCACAUGCAGUCUGCUGAAACACAAAUUCUUCAGCUACAGCUGACAGUAAGCACGAAAGAGACUGAAGUAAAAGAAUUACUAAAAAAGGUUGACACUGAAAAGGAGCGUGCUUCUGCGGUGCAGGGCCUCCAACAGGAAAGCAUUCUACAGGUGCAUUCCUUGCAGUCCACAGUCCAAGAGCAAAAUGAAUCCAUUUCCAAGUUAGAAAAGGAACUGUCUGAUGCAAAGACUUUACUGAAAGAGAAAACCAAUGAAUCUGCAGCACAAAUAACAAAAGUAGAAAAUCUAUGCUUGGAGCUGAGACAGCAAAAGGAGAGGAUGUUGGGUAUGGAGGCUCAGCUACAAAUAUCUGAGUCAACCCAAAAAGCUCAGGAAUCUACCAUUGAAAAACUCCAGACAGAAACUACUGAGUCACUCGAUAUGCACAAGCUUCAUGAAAAUAAUUUAAAAGAGGAAACUGCAAGACUGAAGGCAGAACUUGGCAACAUGAAACAGGAGAUGGAUAGGAUUUCUACUAAUGCAGAUGCUCAGUCUAAGGAAAAGGAAGAAAUAAUAAAUAAGCUUAAAGCUGAUGUUGCUUCAGCAAUGUCUCUUGCAUCUGAAAAGGAGCAAAUGGUUGAUCUGUUAAAAAAAGACCUUUUACUGCAGCAGAAUACAAAUGAAGAAAACAAGAAUUCGCUCGUUAAGAGUCACAUGGAUGCCAUUGCCAUUUUACAAAGUAAAAUAUAUUAUUUGGAGUGUCAAAUAAAAGAGCAAAAUGUGAAGGACAAUCUGAGAGAUCUGGCCAUUGUAAAACAAGAAAGCCACUGCAGCGAUCUUACGGAUACAAUCCAAAAAUUACAGCCCGAGGUUCUUGAAUUGUCAUGUCCCUCUAGUGAAAGAUCACAUAUUCCUGCUUUGUUGACAAUUCCUCAUUCUGAUGAGGAAGAAAAAAAAUGCAGAGAUGAAAUUGAAGCACUGCAGAAAGAGCUAGAGACAGCAAAACGUCUAAACCAAAAGUUGGAGGCAGACCUUUCCAACCAAGCUGAUGAGCUGUCCAGUAUGCGUGAAGAAUUAACAAAUGCACAGGCUCUUAUUGGUGAAAUUAUGCCAGCCAAAAGGCAGUGCCAUCAGCUGCAAGCUGAGCUUUGUCUAGUACAAAGCAAGACCCGGGAAGAACUGGAGAAGACUGAGAGGGUGAAAUCUUUUCUGGAAGAGGACUUGCAACAGGUCAGAGAGGAGCUGUCUCAUUUGUUGCCAGUGAAAGACAAAGUCCUUACAUUAGAACUGAAUGUGCAGAAACUUCAAGCUGAAAAUCUUGCAUAUAAAGAGCAGGUUUCCAAACUACAGUUGGCCAACAAGCAGCUUGCAAGUGAAAGCUUGGAGAUUUGCUCAGACUCAAAUCAGGGUGUUAAAAGGUUUGAUGCUGAGAUGGCAAAAAUCAGAGAAGCACAUGGGUUAGAGCUGGACAACCUUAAAAUGGAGCAUCUGAGACAAAUUUCUGCUGUCAAAGAGGAAAAUCAAGAGGUCAGAAACAAAGUAGACACACUGUCUGCCAAGUAUGAGAAUGCCAAACUUAAAGUUUUGGAAGGCCGACACAAGUUCCAGGAAGAGAGGCAGAAGUUAAUCAUGCAGGUUGAGGGAAUGCAGAAGUUUCUGGAUACAGAAACACAAAAGGUGGAUGAUCUUGUUAAAAAAGUGUCAGAACGUGAAGCUGAACUCAAGAAUGCACGUCACAAACUUAAGAUCCAAGAAACUGAGGAUGUACAUACACAAAGAAAACAAAUCUCAGAUCUUCAGUUUCAGCUUAAUCAAAAGGAACAGACUGUGGAACAUUACAAGACACAGGCAGAGAAAGCCAAGGUGUACUAUGAUGCCAAGAAACAACAGCUGCAGGAAAUGACUGAGAAGAUGAAGUCUGUGGAGAUGAGUUUGGAAAGCAACCAUCGUGAGAACACUGAGCUAAAAACAAAGACCAAGCAACUUGAAAUUGAGCUGCAGCAGGCCCAAAUGAAUGCCAAAAAUCUGUCCAUGAAGGUCUGCAGUCUUGAAGCACAGGUUGAGUAUGCUGAUCGGCAGCUGCGGGAGUUAGGGCGCUCUCAACUAGCUAUGGAACCCUUUAAAAGUCGGGAGCUGUCUUCUUCUGAGAAAGAAGGAGAUGUGAGCAAAGAUAGCUUGGAGUGUAGCCUUGAUGAAAAAGACCUUUGGAACUCCACCAGGAAGCCAGCAAUGCCCAUGGAGACUCCUAUUCCUAUCAGAACCUCUGAGCGUAUAGCUCAAAAACAAGUUUCUUCUAAGGUUCCAUCCUUGGAGUCUCUAUACUUCACUCCUCUUCCAAACCGUACAGAGUCUAAGCUAGAAAGCAGUAUCAAUUCGCUGGAAGAUCUUACUCUUAACUCUACAAGGAAGACCUGCUCUGCACGAAGGCGCACCACACAGAUCAUUAACAUCACACUCACAAAGAAAGAGAUGACACCUGGUGGGGAGCCAGGAAGCGCAAACUCUUCCUUCUAUAGUCUUCGAUCGACUAAAUCACAAAAUACAAUCCACAGCAAGACUGACCGUCGCAUCUCAUCACAAUACAGCAUGUCACAAGAGUCUCUUGAUGAGCUUACCACAAAUGAAAAGCUCCUUGGCUUGCCAGGCUAUCGUCCUUCUACCAGCAGUACUACUAGCAAUAGGGAUCGAUUAAGUACAAGCUCUUUUCUUGUUGGGUCCCAGAAUGAGCCAGAGCACACUGAUGACUGGAUGCGAAUUGCAGAGUUACAAGCCCGAAACCAAGCAUGCCUUCCGCACUUAAAAACGAGUUACCCACUGGAAUCCAGGCCUAGUAUUGGCAUUCCAUUCACCAUUUCUGAUGAAGAAGUCAAACUGGGUGACCCCACAGAAACUAUUCGAAGAGCCUCACUCCUACCCAGUCAGAUUAAUAAGGGAGUGACCUCCCAUCGUCUGUCAAUGCUGUCCAGUGUGGUUCACGAAGGAGUUGUAACUCGAAGUUCUGCUAACCAGCCCUCCUCAUUAUUGGUAAAUCGCAGUAGUCCUAGCCAGUCUAACAGGGUGUCUACCCGCCAGCAUCUUAAACGAACAUGUGAGAAUUCACACAAAGGACCAGAAACACCUGAGUCCAAGAAAAUAGCAAGCUGUUUCCCAAGACCAAUGACCCCCAAGGAUAAGAAUGACAGACGGUAUACCAUGGCAAAUUCUCAAAAUGUCGCACCUAAAGCACAGGAUCGACGUCAGUCCAUGUCAUUCAGCAUUAUAAAUACACCCAAGAAGCUGGGAAGCAGUAUUUUACAGAGAGGCAUCAAUAAAAUGAGGCAGAGUACACGAAAGUCUCCAAAUUCUUCUAACAACAAAACACCUCGCAAUGCCAAGUUCAAAUCCCCCAAGGUCCCUGAUACAAAGUCUCCUAAAACAUCAAGUACCAAAAAGGAGAGACCACAAAGGGUCAGCCGGAUUAGCAGCAGCUACCGAAAAGGGAACAAUCCGAAUGGCCAUGAAAAACAUGAAGCUUUAAGAUUUCUCCUCGAAGAAGAUAAUGCUGGCAAUUAAUGUAAAUAACAAAUGAUUUCUUAUGGAGGAAGCUGCACACACUACAUGAGGUGGCCUGUGGGUUUUUGUUUUUUUUUUAAUAUAUAAAAGAAAACAGUGAAACAACCUAUAUGCACUACUGUUUACUUUUCUUGGCUAUUUUCUUUUACCAGUGCCAAACAAGUGUAGAAUCUGGUUUAGUAAGUUGCUUCAGAGGUUGCUGCACACUCAAUCUGUUUUCUUAUUUUAAAUGCACAUUUAUUGAUGAUGGGUGAUUGCACAUGUUGUAAAUCUUAGAACCACUAGAGAUAUUUACUUUUGCAUUCACAUCUUUUAGAUUUUUCCUUUCAAUUAACUGUAUUUGUGUAUCUGUUUUCUUGUAUGCUAUUGCAAUGUAAUAUAUGCUGCCAUGUAUAAUACAAUAUUUCAAUAUAUACAA